AUGCCUGUUUGGGUGGUGUUUGAAGUCAAAUGUCCCACAGUCAACCUAGAAGACAUCCGCAUUGUCGGAUCUUUGCCUGAGCUUGGCUCUUGGGAAACAUCGCGGGCGUUGCCUUUGGCAACAUCCGAGCGGACGUAUCCUGCGUGGAGGUCCGCCGAGAUUUCGCUUCCUAGCCACGUGACAGAGGUUGUGCAGUACAAAUACAUAAAGGUGUUCGACGGAUCAUUGGUGCAGUGGGAGGAUGGUGCGCCACCAGCCUUCGUGAAAGUGCACAUGGCAUCGUUUCUCGGUGAAUUACGUCGAUGA